GGGAGGGGCGGCGGGGGGUGAUGUCAGGAGGGCUACAAAUAGUGCGGACAGCUAAGGGGCUCCGUCUCCCCUCUUCGCAUCCACUCUCCAGCCGGCUGCCCGCCCGCAGUCUCCUCUGCGCGUCUCUAACCGCCCAGCCUCGUCCACGCCGCCACCAUGAGCCAGGCCUACUCGUCCAGCCAGCGCGUGUCCUCCUACCGCCGCACCUUCGGCGGCGCCCCGGGCUUCUCGCUGGGCUCCCCUCUGAGCUCUCCCGUGUUCCCUCGAGCAGGCUUCGGUACCAAGGGCUCCUCGAGCUCCAUGACAUCCCGCGUGUACCAGGUGUCGCGCACGUCGGGCGGGGCCGGAGGCUUGGGGUCGCUGCGGGCUAGCCGGCUGGGGACCACCCGAGCGCCAUCGUACGGCGCGGGCGAGCUGCUGGACUUCUCGCUGGCCGACGCGGUGAACCAGGAGUUCCUGGCCACGCGCACCAACGAGAAGGUGGAGCUGCAAGAGCUCAAUGACCGCUUCGCCAACUACAUCGAGAAGGUGCGCUUCUUGGAGCAGCAGAACGCGGCGCUCGCCGCCGAGGUCAACCGGCUCAAGGGCCGCGAGCCGACCCGGGUCGCCGAGCUCUACGAAGAGGAGAUGCGUGAGCUGCGGCGCCAGGUGGAGGUGCUCACCAACCAGCGCGCCCGCGUCGACGUGGAGCGCGACAACCUGAUAGACGACCUGCAGAGGCUCAAGGCCAAGCUACAGGAGGAAAUCCAACUGAGAGAAGAAGCAGAGAACAACUUGGCUGCCUUCCGAGCGGAUGUGGAUGCAGCCACUCUAGCCCGAAUUGAUCUAGAGCGCAGAAUCGAGUCACUCAACGAGGAGAUCGCGUUCCUUAAGAAAGUGCAUGAAGAGGAGAUCCGUGAGCUCCAGGCCCAGCUCCAGGAACAGCAGGUCCAGGUGGAGAUGGACAUGUCCAAGCCAGACCUCACAGCCGCCCUCAGGGACAUCCGGGCUCAGUAUGAGACCAUUGCAGCUAAGAACAUCUCUGAGGCUGAAGAGUGGUACAAGUCCAAGGUUUCAGACUUGACUCAGGCAGCCAAUAAGAACAAUGAUGCGCUGCGCCAAGCCAAGCAGGAAAUGAUGGAGUACCGACACCAGAUCCAGUCCUACACCUGCGAGAUCGACGCCCUCAAGGGCACCAACGACUCCCUGAUGAGGCAGAUGAGGGAGCUGGAGGACCGCUUCGCCAGCGAGGCCAGCGGCUAUCAGGACAACAUCGCGCGCCUGGAGGAGGAGAUCCGGCACCUGAAGGAUGAGAUGGCGCGCCAUCUGCGGGAGUACCAGGACCUGCUCAAUGUGAAGAUGGCCUUGGACGUGGAGAUCGCCACCUACCGGAAGCUGCUGGAGGGCGAGGAGAGCCGGAUCAACCUUCCUAUUCAGACCUUCUCUGCUCUCAACUUCCGAGAAACCAGCCCUGAGCAAAGGGGUUCUGAAGUCCACACCAAAAAGACAGUGAUGAUCAAGACCAUUGAGACCCGGGAUGGAGAGGUUGUCAGCGAGGCCACACAGCAACAACACGAGGUGCUGUAAGCCAGGCGUUCGUUCGGUGUCCUGGCCCCUGCUCCCUGCCUCCUGAAACCCCGUCUCUUCCACUCUCAGAUGCCACACCCAGACACUUCUCUCCACUCACGGCCUCUGACCCCUCCUCACCGGUCACUCCUUUGUGGUCUUCACCCCUCAGCCACCUCUGCGGACCCUCCCGUGAGCCUUGGCUGUUGGCAGUCGUCAAGCCUGGCUCUUAAGAGAGAACCCAGCUCAAGUCAUGACCCUUCCCCUUCCACCUUUGGCACCCCUGGGGAGGUCACAGAGAGGGUACCAGAGGGUGGUGGGAUCUGCAGGGUCAGGACUGAGCUUUGUGGACAUCCCCAGCCUGGGUCAGAGACAGAAGGAAGCCUCAGCAAGCUGAGAUGGAGAGUGGGGGCCUGAAAAAUGUCCUCAUACGCCCCCUCUUCCCCAUCCCAGCCCAGGAUGGGCUUGGAAGGCAGGGGCUGUAGGAGGGAACCGGAAGGUGCUGGAUGUGGGAGCAGGAGAUUCAGAAGGACAGAGGAUGGAUGAGAAGCUGGAGAGGAAAGAAGAGAGAGGCAGAGUGGGCUCAGGUUGGAGGGAGGGUACCACCUCACCUGCCUGCCCCUCCCACCGCAGGGGCCCUGGACAGAAACAAUAAAGAGACAAGCACAAACCUC